AAACAAGAUGUAUACUACCUUAAUCAUGCAUAGUCAUUGCAUUUUUAUAAUAUUUUUAUCAUAUUCAUAACAUUUCUGAGAACUCAUUUAGCAUAUGUCAAUAUCUCUUGCACGUGUCUGUUGGAGGAUUCAGGUGGUCGUCGGGGGUCUUCAGAUGAAGGCUCAUAGUCUUCUUCACAGUGUCUGCCAGCUGACCCUUACUUCUGCACAAACUCAGCCCUGUGGUCACGUAGAUCUUGUCCUCCAAGGCUGGCCUGCUCUGGUUUUGUUGCUAAUUUGCAGCUUUGUCUUUAUGAUUCUUUGCACCUGCCUCUACAAGGCCGAACCGCCUCAAGCAAGAUUAUUUACAAGUUCUUUAUCCUACAGUUAUACUAACUAUUCCUCAAAAGGUCGGUAUUUGCUCUGCAGCACAAUGGCGAAGUGGCUUCAACAUCUUAAAUUGAUCUUAAUAAUUCUAUUCCACGAAUAUCUAUUUUCUCAUAAUUUUAGCGCCCAGGUAUGAGCUUAACGGGAGGCGCCGCUGCCCCCGGCUGCCUGAGGGGCGGGGAGGCCGUGAGGGGAAAUGGCGGGAAGCCGGGGCGGAGCCGAGCGCGGAGGGAAGCGGGGCCCGGGCUCUCCGCCCCGUUCCCUCGGCCGGAGCCGCCUCCCCGCGCCGGGCCGGGGUGAGUCGUUCAGCGGGAACCGUUCGUGUGCUGAGGGGAGGCGGGGAGCUCCGGCGUGAGGAGAUGGUGGGCGCCUUCUGAGGGGCCGCGGGUCCCCGCAGGGAAGGCUCGGCUGUGAGGGGAAGGUCAGGGGGGCGGCGCGACGCGGGUCCCUCCCGGGUGACAAGUUACCUGCGUGGGCUCGGGCACUGCGGAGCGAGUUCGUGUGCCGGCGGGGCUCGGCCUGGGAUCAAGGAAGGCCGGGUGUCGGUGCCGGGAGUGUGGUAAAAGAUCGCCCAAAACGUCUGGGUGACCUUCGGGUGUUCUAAAAGGGAAUCGGUCAAUUAAAAUGCAUCUUAAAUAGCUUUGAAAAACUGAUGUUUUCAGCCUGGAAGUGCAGGGUUGUGAAAUUAACCCCCACAAACCACAAGCGCCCCACCUCCCUUGCCUUUGUCCUUUAACUAGAAAUUACGCGGUGUAGAGUUUCUUAAUUGGCUGUUACCGCGUGGAAACGUAGGUUUUAUUGUCCCCUGCUGAGGGGACGGAGCUUCCUUCCCCCAGGUGGUUUUUCUAACGUGUUUCCCAUUUUCAGUGACAUCUCACACAGCCUGUUAUCAGCAGCGAGUGAAGGUUUGGUCACCGUGUCUGUAAGACAAAGUUAUUCUCGGGAAAGUAACUUGAACAGUUCUGCGGCUUCUCUUUUUCAGAAACCUUUCUGAAGCACUAAGCCUGCCUUCUGCCAAUCUGCUAAGUGGUGCACCAUGACGACUGCCUCAGCAGAUAGCUCUGCUAGCUAUGAAGUGGUGGAUGGAAUGAGCCAGAGUUCCAGUAGCUGUGGUUUGGACUAUUCAGAAGAUACCUUUGAGCCCUCCAGCGAGGCGGAAGCAGCCUUCUGGCAGUGAGAGAGCAAACCAUCUGUAUCUUACUGUUCCACAGAGGAUUUCAAGGGGUCCACAGUGUCAGCUAAGUUGAAAAGCAUGCCAUGGUUGGCAGGCCGACAUCAUGCAGAUGAGCAGUCUGAAGUAGCGGAUUCUGCAGCUAUAGAAAGAGAUGUCAUAGGAAAAUGGAUUGAUCUGAAAAAUAAAGCAGCUGGCAUUAAGCAAGACAAAUCUGUCAUCGAAACUUGUGCUGAAACUACUGAAUUAUUAGAUGGAGAACUGGAUGCUCUCCAGUCUUUUUGCACCAUUAAGAUAAGCAAGAUGCGUCAGCAGCUGAUCUCGAAGCAGGCAAAUGGUGGCAAGUCAAGAAAGCUGCAGCAUGGAUUCACAGCAAAGAAACCGGAGACAAGUGACUUGAACUGCACUGUUCCUGAUCAGCUAGUGAACAGAAUCUGCCUGAAAAAUAUCAAAGAAACUGUUAAGCAGGUGACAGAAGCUCAAAUCCAUGAAUCUUCAGUGUGCCCUGACUGUCGGAAUAAGAAAGCAGAGCUAGCCAAGAUUACCUUUCUCAGACAAAAGAAGAUUCUAAUGGAAAGUGCUUUAAUUCAAGAGAAAUUGGAAGAACAUAUUUACUCCAGAGAUGUGCUUACAUGUAUAGGAGAAGCGCUCAGAAGCUUUCCCAAACCUUCAGAAGAUCCCAGGAACUUAUGGCAAAGGCUGAAAGUUAAAGGACCAAGUUUGGUGAAUGUCUGAAAUCUUCAGCUUUAUCGGAAGGAUGAGGUCCAGAAAUUAUACAUGAGCCACUUCCUUGGGGUUUUAUUGAGUCAAAAAUUGAUGGGAUUUCUGCGAGUCUGGUCUUGGAGUGUCUGAGAAAUAAACUUGAAAAACAGAGAAGGACAACAUGCCUUCCAAGAAGCUCUGCCGCUAUCUCCUUCUCUACACCAAGCAGUGAAGGAUGUAGGGCAAUAUGGAUGUGCUGCCUCUGGGCAUAUUUAUGUUACAGCCUCAUUGGCUCGCCUCCACUGAGAGCCCGUGGUGCAGUUUGGUGUGAGGCGGACGGGGUGCAAAGCUGGUGUAAAUCUCGUCUGGCACAGGACUCUUGAGCAUAAUUUAAAACGGAGAGAAGUUAUUCUCAGAAUAAAGGACUUUCCUUACCAGACGACUCAAUCCAACCUCACUCUGCAAUGAAUAUCUUCUCACACGGUAGAGUAGGCAAUUUUCCAAGGCUGUGAGCACAGGAUUGUGUAGAAAUCAUUGCCUGGCAUUGAUGCUUCAGCUGAAGAUGCUUUCUUUUGUGAUUUACCAAUAAACCAGCAAGACAUUUUGCUGCAAACAGCCUUAUACUGCUGAAAAUUGUUUUUCAGGUACCUGAAGCUGAAACGUUUCUGCUUGAUGCAUGCUGAUAUAUACAGCGUGGUGUGUCUGCCUGUUUACGCAGAGGAGGUGAGCCAACGGUGGGCAGGAAGAACAGAAUUAAAAGGGGGAAAAAUGCAGCCCUUCUGCUGGCUAGAAGAUGAAUCCACUGACCAGUUUUGCCCACUCCUGUAAACAGUGGGACUGGUAGGCAGCACCAGAAGCUACGUACAGGGUGUGAAAUCCUACAGUUCUGCUUUCUUCAGAUAGUUUUGGCUGUCGGAAGAGAGGAAUCGCUGUGUAAGAGCCCCAUCUCAUCCUUUCUCCAGUCUCAAAGAGAAGCCACCUGCCUUUUAAGGACUCUUGUAGAGAACAAUUACGGAGGUACCUGUCUAAAGAGAAAGCUUCCACUUGUGGGUUCUGUCUUUGAGGGGACUGGAAUAAAGACUUUGGCAAUAGAAAGACAGAGACAACUACAUUUAUAUAAUUUAGGAAAGAGAUUUCUCUGAGGAGACAUAACUGGAGGCUCUAACUGUCUUCAAGGUUUCCUUCUUUGGCGUACUGGCUGAGCUGAGCAGAAGUGUCUGCAUAACAUUUCAAAGGUCAUACUUGUGCAUAUCCUGUGUGUGCCCAUCUCCUGGAUCGAAAGGUGAAAUGCUGGUUAUUUUCCUUGUUGCUUUUGGCCGCUUCAGUUUCUGGGUUUGGUUUUGCUAAUUCAAUCUUUUGAGGGACCCUUAACUCUGCGGAGUGCUCAUAUUUUUAAAAGGUUUCAGAAUCCACCGUCUGUGGCAUAUUCUGAAACGCUUCUUUAGUGUUUAUUUUCCAAAGACCUAAAUAUUCCAGUAUCGGUAUUUUAAACUGUCCAUAAUUACAUGUAUCACUGACAGCAAGAAUUAAACCAGAAGAGUUCUGGCUUCAUAGUGAAAGGUACUGGAGGAGUUGAGAGGCUUGUUUCUACGGGUGUAAAGUCCUUUGGAAAUGUAAACCAUCUGCAGCUCUCUUGGUGCUCUUGCUCAGCAGAACCGCAAACAAGUUGGUCCCGAACACUUUAUUUAGGGGUGAGAUGAGAAUUCUGCUGGUGUCAAGAUGCAAAGCUAAAAAGGGGCUCGGUCUGUCGUGAUUGCCUGUCCUGAAGCUACUUUGCACUCAGGAAAUCCUGUGUCUUACAACAAACUGGGCUAAAAACGACCCACUGAAUCAAACCAGAGGAAAGGCCUUCCGUUCAUUCAUUCUUCACUUAGGUGGAAGGUUAAAGUUGUCCAUGUAAAUCCAGCUCUUCUGAAGCUUAGAAAAUGUGCCAUGAAAUAACCUUAAAUCAUAAGUUUUGUCCUGAAGGCUGUACUGAACAUACCCAUCGUGUAUAAUUGUUUGGGUUUUUUUUUUCUGCAGGACACAGUUCAACUCCCCGAUCGAAGAUCAUACUGGAAGUGGGCCAGGCUUAAGUCUGUUUGGGUAGACAAAAAUGGGUUGAAAGGGAAUGGAGAGGUUAAAAUAUUCCCUUAUUUAGGUGGAAAACAUGAACCGAACAAGGCUGUACUGGACCAGUACCUGAAAAGCUAAGAAGUGAGGCAAACUGUAAAUACAAAGGGAAACUAAACCGAUAUAUUAGGAUGUGAUCAAAGCAAAGUGACUUAGCAAACUAUUUCCUGUCCGCUGAGCGGCAGUAACAGUUCCUUUGUACAUUUGCAAUCUACGCCAGCGGUGAGAUAACAUCAAUUCCACACAUGCAGUGGGCUCAGAGUGAAUAUGCACUUCGUUACACAAGUUAGCAGACAGGUGGCAAUCUGCAGUAAUGUACUCAUUUGCAGCUGUGUGCCUGUACUUUAAGAUGAUGAAUGAGUAUAAAAUGCAGAUUAACCACGAUUAGUGACAGGGAGAAGAAUCAGGGUACUGAUUUAUUUUUUGUAAUCCCCCCUUAGGUUUUACGCGGGUCAGCUUAAUUCGAGAUGAACUCACGUUUCACUGUUUAGCAACAAAGGCAGCGAAGAAGCAGAAAUAUUCCUCAGCACAUUCUAGGACUGCACAAGAGCUGCGAGCCUGGAGAUCCUGGUGGGAGGCAGCUGUGGGGGAAGCUACAGCAUGGUCACUCUUAGCUUCUUCCUUUGCGGAGCAGAGCCAGGCCGACUCAUCCUCCCCAGGGUGCUGGGGGGGGGCUCGUGUGGCACCUUUCAUCCCCCGGUUCCAAAGAAUUUAAGCAGCAAUGACAUCUCAAAGCAUGCCUGUAGGAUGGUGGCACCUCUGCACGACCUUUUUUCCACACAGGCGAGAGAGUGUCGCGGACUGAAAGAUGAGACUUUUGCAUGAUUCCGUGUAUUUGGUGCUGCAGGGGACAGUCUCCUGUUGAAAGCAGCAACGCACUCCUGGCUUUGCUAUAGAGACGGUUUGCAAGUCCUGCCCCAAACAGCACUACAGCUGACUGGAAUCCUGCCUGCUUUUCACAUCUGUACCCGACCUGGGAUGGUUCUCAGCCCCGAGUUGGAGAGAAAUGUGAUGGUGCAAAAGGAUCAGAAAAUGACUUUUAAGCUCUUCAGCUCCUUCAGUCCUUGGCAUCAACACCAAGAGGCAGUUACAGUCUCCUGCUGACAUCCCCCUGAAUCUAUAGAUGCCUCCUGCCUCCCCUUCUGCCAGCUGGGAGAGCCACGAGACCCCGGUGCGCUCCGGAGCUCCCCAACACUUCCCGCUCCUCCGAGACCAGGCGGAUCCCCGCGCCCGCCCUGCCUCUGCAUCACGCCUGGCCCGCGAUCCAGGGGACACCUCCCGGGACUGAACCGCUGAGCAGCGAGAGCUCGGACUGCUCGGGGGCCAGCGGGAGCCCCGGGCUUCGGGGUCUGAUCAGCGCCACGCAGCCAGGGGGACGACUGUUCUUUCCUACAACCAAUGAAACAUCGAUGAGUGUUUCAGCACAUGAAGAGACUAUUAACUUCUGGCUUUAGCUGACUCAGCUAAGAAUUUGAGGGCUGCGGCAGCUCCAUAAAGACUUCUCUGCCAUCAGUUCACUCCUCCUCACAUGAACAAUGCCCCAAACUCAUUUCUCUCUCUGGUCUCAGCUGCAGCAUUUUGGCAGAGGGAAAGGGCACCCACUGCUGCCAAAGAACUCAGUGCUUUACGGGUGAAAAUCAAACAUCCUGAAUUCCACCUGGAGCCCGCUGGCAGCGACUGCAGGGCCCAGAGCAGUUACGUGGCGUUUUCUUACGGCGACGCGUGACUUGCCAAAAUUUUUGCAUCAGGUUAUAAAACAUCUGAAGAAAAGGUUCGUGUGGUCACAGCUGCUGCCAAAACAUGAAACAGAAUUCCUGAAGCUCGGCACCACGUUUCUUGCCUGCCCCCACACUCUCCCCACCACGUAGUUUCAAGAUGUUUAAGACAGAACAACAUGAUUUCUGAUUUCAGGUGCAUCUUUACCGUGUUUUGUCGGGGUGUUUAGUGUACUUUUGACUCCCUUUGUGUGGAUUUUGUUACCGAGUGGGGACAGAGAGUAUGCUGGUAGGCUCAGGAUGGUACUGUGUUUUUUAGGUCCCUUGCUCACAGCACAGCUUUUAUUUUUUGAAAUGUGUGGCUUGUGUGUAGCCUUGCUUCACUGAAGAGUUUUCUUUACUGGCCACAGCUAGGCUGGCCUUGCUGUGUAAAAGCCAGUUCUAACGGAGAAAUAAACCCCUAAGCAACAGUGAGUGGGAGUGGGGAGUGAUGAGUUCCACCCGUCACAGUAAUGGCUUUAUGAAAUCCCUUGGAGGAGUGGUCCUGGAGGACUGUGAACCAAAAGGCUCUGCCAUGUGAAUUCCAACUAAAGAAUAAAAAUACGAGAUGAAGCUAACAUUUGGAAGGUGCAAAUGCUUAAAGCUGCUUGGUCUCCUGAGGUGAAAGAGGUUGUUAGGGCACGUGGUGUCGUCUUUUUCACUUGAAAGAAGAGCUAAAAUGAUCUGAAGGGAGUUUGCCCUCACCAGUUUAGCUUGCGGGGCUGUCUGAGGGAGAAUUGCACGAUAGAUGCCUUGGCCUUUAGGAGAGGUAAGUGAAAGCGUCGCCACUUUGGGAUUAAAAAUCUCAUUUGAGGGAAAGAACGUAAAAAAGGCUAAAGUUGUGUGUUUCUGGCAGUUGUGUCUUUGCCAGAACAGAUCCAGGUGUGGAAUGUGGAAGAGGUGGCUGCUGAGGUGUCUCAGGCUGCGAUUCGGUUUGUGCUCCAGAGCUCAGAGGCAGCAGUAGGUGACAGGGAGUAACUCGAGUGGCCGCAGCGAAACCCUGGCCAAAAUCACCUUUAAUGUGCACAAGUUGGAGGUGGUCUCACCUCCGGGACUGUCGUAAUCCUGGGAAAAAUCACUCACUGGAGAAGCCUCCCUGGUUUAGCUGGGUAAACUAAAAAUGCUGCUUCAACUUGUGAUUUAUCCGUGGGGGUGCACAUGAGAUGAGGCUCCCUAAAUCACUGCCGUUUGUGCUCUUCCUAGUUUUUUGCCUGCUGCCUGGCACAUGCUAUUAGACUCAUCAGAUUCCCCAGGACAGUUACAUCCUGAGAGGAGGAAUAAUUCCCAUUCUUGCCCAUGAGUUAGAGUGUGGGGAUUUUAGCGAUUUUAAGCUAAAUGCACAUCUGUGAGCUAAAGCAGAGACACUCGAGAUCCCAGUUUGCAUCCAGAGCCCUACAAGCUCAUUAACAGUUUGACCACUUGCUCCCUGUAAUCCUGACAGGUUUUAGAAAGGAUUUUGUAAUGGUUGCCUUCAAAGCAGAAGAUAAGAAAGGAAUGUUGCAGAAAACAGAAGUGUGAUUACAGCCGAGAAUCUGAGAAGAGCAAAGCCUUAGCAUGGGAGACAGACUGCAUAACUUAAAAAGCAAAGGCAAUGUCUAGCUUUCAAAAUAAAGCUAAGAAUAGAAGGGGAAAUCUCAGCAUGAAGCUGGAAGAUACAUCUUACAAGAGACUCUCCUGUGCAAACACCUCUAAUCAUUCAUUGGUUUGUCUCUGUUUUUUCCACCCCCAUAUACUGCACGAUCGUUUUAGGUGAUUACAGAUGAAACGUAAAAGAACAGAGCUGCGAAGCGGAUUACACACAGACUACAAAGCUGUUCGAUAUGAAAAGUGGCAGAGGAGUUCUCAAGAAAGAGCCUUCCUUAUCUGUCAACUUGGGGUUUAUGCACAACUAUGGGACAUCCAGAUAUUCGUAGAAAAUACUGAACAAAGCACUUCAGGGCAUUAACUUUCCCCUCUGAGCUGACUGGUGAUCGACCCCCAGUCCAGUGAUAAAUUUACCCUAACAGAGGAGGACUGCAGGAACUAGCUGAACGCAGCCCUGCUCUCAGUCCAAGGGACAGAGCUGAGGUGCAGAUCAGCCACGGUUGGCAUGCUGUUGUUGAAAGCUUUCGGGACCUUUCGAAAGUAUUUUGCUUCUCCGUUUUGGUUAACAUAACGUCGGUGUGGCAAAUCCCUCUGAGGUUGCUCAACUUGUAAUUUCAUUCCAAUUUAAUGAGCACCAUCUGUUAUCAGCCUCUCAAGGCUGUGUGUGGUCACAGAACUACAAGUUUUGAGAGACACACACUUAAAGUGGUGGGGGAAAGUUCAGUGAAAGAAACUGUGAGUCUCUCUCAAAUCUGUUUAUCUCGAAUUUUGUGGGUUUUGCUUUAUUUGCUUCCUCAUAGGGUGCCUGUCACCUGCCAGAUAAAGAAGAUGGAACCAGCAAACCUGACAAGUACACUAGAUCUCCGCUCCAUCACGGCGUUUGGUGGAAGGUGUGCAUUGAGGUGGUGUCUCUUCCCACAGGCAGAACACGGUGUGUAAUCGGUACCAAGCCCUCUGUGCUGUAAGGAAGCUGUUGUGCAGCCCCUGAUCUCUGUGGUGGGUUGUUGGUGAGAAUGCUGUAUCUCCUUUAUAUCCACUUCCAGCGGGUAUGAACCGCUUCCUCACACUGCUCUGCUGCUUCAGCAUGAGCUCUGAGCAGUGUAGUUUUCUUUUUUUUUUUCUUCUCUCUUAUUCCAGACUCACCCGCUGGAGAGAAGUAUUACUGCAGUGUGCAUGAGCGGCAAUAUAUUCAAUAAGAACAAGAACUCACACUGUGGAAAUGGGUUUCACAAUCACCGUGCCCGUGAGCCACCCCUGGGUGUGACGGGUCAAGUUCAUGCCUUUGUGCAGGGCUUGCAGGCGGUGCUGCGGAGGCCCUUCCAGCAGGACGGGAGGACACCAGCUUUGUCUACAUCCACGGAAGCACCUGCAGCCCAGGACGAGGGAGAACGCCUGCUGCCCUGCCUGGCCCCUACCGACACUCACGGAGUCUUCUAGGAGCGGCCAGCCUCGAGCGCAGGCGUGUGUCCGUUCCGUAGCCGCUGCCAGAAGCGCGCGUUGCUGGUGUAAGCCCGUGGCACCAGGGUAGCUUGUGAAGACCAAAUCUCAUAUCACCUCGUUUUGCCGUCUCUCUCUCUCUCUCACACACAAAAGCAUUUAAAGCAGAUGAAAAUGUUUAGUGUGAUAACAAAACCCUGCAGUGGAGGCAAGGCAGUAGUCAGACCCCUUGGAAGAAAGCGUCUUGUCGUUUGCUCGAGCGCUCUGCACAAGUUUUAUCAGACAACAGUGAAGCACAGGCAGCUUUUUUUACCCUGGGGAGCAGGAAGUUCUCACUUUUAAGAAAACAACCGUUUUGUCUAAAGGUUUGGCAGCUCGGUUUGAAGAAGGUGGGUACUGAUCAACAGCGACGGCUCUGUGGAGGUACUGUGUGGUUUAUUUAAGUGCAGUAAUUGAGCCAGCCAUUUUAGUCUUUCUGAUGCUAACAGCACUUAGGCUGUGAUCACAAUUAGAAAAGUCCAGGUAUUUUUGGAAAUGAGGAAGUCUUCCUGGCUUGUUUUCUGCACUGCUGACCAGAGUACCGGUACGUUCGUGGUUUUGUCCCUGUACAAACACCCCUUACUGUUUAAUACAAAAACCAGGGCAACUUGUCAAGGAAAUAGCGUAGCAGGAUUGCUUUUGGUGAGUUACUGUGUGUAACAACUGUAAAAGUGAGAGGUUGAAAGUGCAAAGAAGUAUGAUUGCUUGUUGCAGAUUGUCUCGUGGAGUAGUGUUGUUAUUUCUGUACAGUCCCUGAGCUGCAGUUUUUAUAGGUUUAGAGCCUUUUGGAUUGUUCAGGUGAAAGUUUUGCCAAUAAAGCUUCUAGCAUUAGCAA